AAGUCAGAAGCUUGAAAGCAGGGAAAUCCGGAUGUCUCAGUUAUGAAAUGAAGCAGUGGGAGUCUAAUACAUUUCCAGAAGACACCAUCUAGACUGGUGAUUGUCUGCUUCUAUUGCUGCCAGUGGCCACCCAGUGUGCUUCUCUGGCAUAUAAGGGAUUGGCAUAAUGGUCAAGUGCUUCAGCCUGAUGUUGCUUCUUACUUCCAUCUGGACCACAAAGCUCCUGGUCCACGGCUCUCUCCGCGCAGAAGAACUUUCCAUCUCAGCACCAUGCAGAAUUGUAGGGGUCACCCUUGUGAACAAAAAGACAACCCAGCAGCUGAAUUUCACAGAAGCCCAGGAGGCCUGUAGGCUGAUGGGACUAACUUUGGCCAGCAAAGACCAGAUUGAAGCAGCAUGGAGAUCUGGCUUUGAGACUUGCAGCUAUGGAUGGGUUGCAGAUAAGUUUUUGGUCAUCCCUCGGAUUCUCCCGAACCCCAAGUGUGGGAAGAAUGGGAUGGGUGUCCUGGUUUGGAGAAAUUCACUCAGCAAAAAGUUCUUGGCCUACUGUUACAACUCAUCUGAUACUCGGAUUAACUCAUGCUCUCCAGAAAUUACCACCACCAAAGAUUCCAUAUUCAACACUCAAGCAGCAACAUACACAACACAAAUGAUCAUCAGUGACAGUCCCGACUCAGCUUCAUCUACUGUUGCACCUUACUCUCCUACACCUACUCUUGCUCCUACUUCUGCUUUGGCUUCCACUUCUCGACGGAAAAGAAAAUUGAUUUGUGUAACAGAAGCUUUUGUAGAAACUAGCACCAUAUCUACAGAAACAGAGUCAUAUGUUGAAAAUAAAGCAGCAUUCAAGAAUGAAGUUGUUGGGUUUGGAGGUAUCCCCACGGCUCUGCUAGUGCUUGCACUCCUCUUCUUUGCUGCUGCAGCUGGUCUCGCAGUUUGCUACGUCAAAAGGUAUGUGAAGACCUUCCCUUUUACAAACAAGAAUCAGCAGAAGGAGAUGAUUGAAACCAAAGUAGUAAAGGAAGAGAAGGCUGAUGAUAGCAAUCCUAAUGAGGAAUCAAAGAAAGCUGAUAAAAAGCCAGAAGAGUCCAAGAGUCUGCCCAAAAAUACAGUGCGAUGCCUGGAGGCUGAAGUUUAGAAGAGAAAGAAAUGAGAGGACACACCUGAGGCUGAUUUCUUUCCUGAUGCAUAUCCUGGACCUAGAUGGGGAAACUUAAAGGGCCAAAGAACAAAACAAGAAAGUCCACCCUUGGUUCCUAAAUGGAAUCAACUCAGGGCUACCUUUGGACUAUGGAGUUCACCAAACGGAAUUCCCUUCUUCUUACUGCAAUCCUUUCUGGAUCCUAUCCUUCUACCUCCGAAGCUUCCCACACACAACCUUUCUACCUGGCUAUGUCCUAAUAACAUCUCUGUGGGAGAAAGGAGUUUUACAAAGCACAAGGACCUAAAACAGCUAAUCAGAACACAUUUAUAAAGAGGCUUCUCAGCUGGCUGACAAUAUGUGAGUUGAGAACCAAGAAAUUGUCGAGACCAAGGCUUUCUCUAUUGACUCCACAGGCCAGAUCCUUUCUUCAGCUCUGAAAAGGUAACACACAUCACCUGGCAUGCCCUUCUGAGCCAGGCAAGAACAAAAGAAGGAAGGAAAAGUUCAGCAACCAAAGGCCAUGGACAUUCCCAUGUGUGAGACCUGAUCUCUGUAAGCCAAAAUAAGUAGAGAAAAAGAACAAGGCUGAGGAUGUUGCCAGCAUAUUGUCAGCAGGGACUAUAAGUACAAACAGGGUGAAGGUAGUCAUCUCUGAAUAGUCUGAGUUGGAAUCACUUUUUAGAACACACUUUUCUCUUUCUCUCUCUCUCGCUGCUGCCAUUUUUUUUCUAGAAGUACAUACAAAGGACUCCCCCUAAAUAAAAUUCUCUUACAAAUUUUUA